AUGAAAUCAGAACUCAGAGAAUACGCUCGCCGAAGGGCUACCACGGGUCCAUAUGCAGACGACCUCGAUAUCGAUGCCAUCAUCGUCGGCGCAGGCUUCGGCGGUGUUUUUAUCCUCCACAAGCUUCGACAGCUUGGCCUCAAGGCUGUGAUCUUCGAAGCUGGCACAGAUCUCGGCGGAACAUGGCGCUGGAACAGGUACCCCGGCGCCAACGUGGACUCGGAAGUUCCAGAGUACGAAUACUCCAUACCCGAAGUUUGGAAAGACUGGACCUGGAGCACCAACUAUCCAGACUACAAAGAGCUGCGUGCCUAUUUUGACCACGUUGACAAAGUCCUCGAUAUCAAGAAAGACUGCUCGUUCGAGAGCGUGGUCGUCGACGCCCAAUUCCAGGAAGGCGAAGGCAAAUGGCACGUUAAGACCGAGGACGGCCGCACCGCGAAAAGCAAAUACUUCGUCGUCGCUGCCGGCUUCGCCGCUAAGCGCUACAUCCCCGACUAUAAGGGCAUCGAAUCCUUCGAAGGCAUUAUCCACCACUCCGCCUUCUGGCCCGAAGAAGGCGUGGACGUCAAAGGCAAGCGCUGUGCUGUUAUCGGCACCGGUGCCUCCGGCGUUCAAAUUACCCAAGCCUGGGGCCCAGAAGCCGGCUCGGUCACUGUCUUCCAGCGCACGCCCAAUCUCGCUGUGCCCAUGGGCAAGCACGCGCUGACAGCUGAGGAACAGAAUGCGGCGAAGAGGUGGUACCCUCGCCUCUUUGAGCUUCGCGAGAAAUGCUUCGGCGGCUUCCUCUUCAGCUUUUCUGAGAAAAAUACAUUCGAUGAUAACGCGGAAGAGCAAGACGCCUUCUUCCACUCCCUCUGGGAUCACGGUGGCUUCGACUUCUGGCUCGGUACUUACAAAGAUAUGCUUUUCGACCCGAAGGCCAACCGCGCGGCGUACGACUUUUGGGCACGCAACGUGCGCCCACGGAUCGGAGACCCGAAGAAGCGCGAACUUCUCGCGCCUUUGGAACCACCGCAUCCGUUUGGCGUGAAGCGCCCUUGCCUCGAGAACAACUACUACGAGCAAUUCAACCGGGAGACGGUAGAUGUGUUUGACAUCAAGGCGAACCCAAUUGUCGAGUUCCAGCCUAAGGGGAUUCUGACAGCAGACGGGACGCUGCAUGAAUUUGAUGUUAUUGCUGUUGCUACCGGGUUUGAUAUUACCACGGGCGGUAUGACGCAUAUGGGAUUGAAGAGCGUGCAUGGGACAACGUUGAAUGAGGAGUGGAAGGCUGCAGCGAAUACGUAUCUCGGGACGACGGUUAGUGGGUACCCAAAUAUGUUCCAUCUCUACGGCCCCCACGGCCCAACGCUCCUGAGCAACGGCCCUUCGACCGUCGAGGUCCAGGGUCGCUGGAUCGUCGACACGAUCAAGAAGAUCGAGCGCGAAGGACUGAAGUUUAUCGAUCCCACCCCGGAGGCGACUAAGGAGUGGAAGGCACGUAUCAAUGCUCUUUCCGAUAUCUCGCUCUUCCCGACGACCAAGUCGACCUACAUGGGUGGCAGUCUGCCUGGGAAGGCGUUUGAGCAGGUCAACUAUGCCGGUGGCAUUCCCGAGUAUGCGAAGGAGAUCCGGGCGGCGUUGCCGGGAUGGAAAGGCUUCAGGACUGUGAAGUAG